AUGCAGGAGCCCAAGAAGGACUCGCACGAUGCCUCUACCCUCAAGAUCUUCUUCUUCGAUGUCUGGCACAAUAUCGACGUCACCGAGGACAAGUAUCCCGGCUUCGUACGGGCUCUGCGCAAGCUAGCCUCCUCGUCUGUUCACCAUAAUCAGCUUGCCGAGGUCUUCGCUCGAGUCAUCGGCGAGGCCUGGGAGCGCCUUGAGCCUGAGCAGCGCCCACAACGGCGUCCGGUUCGCGAGGACAUCGUCAGAUACCUCGAGCAUUCUUUCCCGGUCGUGCGCAUCGAGACGUUCUUUGAACGGAAUUGCGGGUGGAAAGCGCCUCCGAAUGUCCUUUAUCUCGAGGGGUUCCUCAUUAUGAGCGCGAUGCCCUGCUUCACAAGCCCGUCCUCUGUCGAGUACCACAACUUGCUCGCCUAUCGCUUGCUCCUCCAUAUUCACUUCACACAUGAGCUGGUCCGGUCUACAGCGCGAUACUUGCUAGGGACUCCUGACUCCAGCAGCAACAGCAGCCCCACACCCUUCUACCGCGACGCCGGCUUGGCACUCGAAGAGCAGCUCUACGGCGCCUUCCUCCUCUACGAAGCCCCUGAGCAUCACUGCUUCCUACAGUUGACCCAAGAACACGCCUUCUUGGUGGAAGAUCCCUCGCAACCUGGCUCCGCCUACCUCUUGCCAGACCAAGUCCUGGCAGACUGGGCACACCGAGUCGAGGAAGACUUCAGCAACAAUCGCGUUCUGCGCAAACCUCCCAUCGACUUCGCAACCGCCACUCCCGCUCCUCCUCCGCCUCCCGGAUACAUCCGCUGCAGGCUCGCCAACGUCUUCGACCCCCGCCCGCGGCGCCCGGCCGUGCCCGCUGGUCCACCGCCAGAAGGGUACGCGAGGGUGGCUAUUGGAGGAAAUUGUCGUCGGGGCCCGGUACAGCGGCUCGCGCAGGAGGGGAACGCGGCGUGA